AUUUUUCUUCCCCAUCUUGGAGAAGAAGAAGGCCCGACGCUCUCACCGCUGCCACCAAAAUCGCACGCGAGCCCCAAGAGAUCCCCAAACCCUACACCUGCCCGCCGGCGCACUCGGGGACCGUCGAAUCGAGCAGGUUGACGGAGGAGAGGGAGCCUCGAAGAUGUUCCGGAACCAGUACGACACCGACGUGACGACAUGGAGCCCCCAGGGGCGGCUGUUCCAGGUGGAGUACGCCAUGGAGGCCGUCAAGCAGGGCUCCGCCUGCGUCGGGCUCCGGUCGAGCACCCACGCCGUCCUAGCCGCCGUCAACAAGCCCGCCUCCGAGCUCUCCUCCUACCAGCGGAAGGUGUUCCGCGUCGCUGACCACGCCGGGGUCGCUCUCGCCGGCCUCACCGCCGACGGCCGCGUUCUCUCGCGUUUCCUCCGCAACGAGUGCAUCAACCACUCCUUCGUCUACGAGGCGCCGCUCCCCGUCUCCAGGCUCGCGCUCAAGCUCGCCGACAAGGCGCAGGUUUGCACACAGCGGUCAUGGAAGAGGCCCUAUGGUGUUGGCCUCCUAGUUGCUGGACUGGACGAGUCAGGGGCUCAUCUGUACUACAACUGCCCCAGCGGGAACUACUUUGAGUACCAGGCAUUCGCCAUCGGUUCUCGUUCCCAAGCCGCCAAGACUUUCUUGGAGCGCAGGUUCCAGGGCUACAAUGACUACACCCCGGAGCAGCUCAUCAAGGACGCCCUCUCCGCCAUAAAGGAGACGCUGCAGGGUGAGAAGCUGUCCAGCUCCAACUGCACGGUGGCCAUCGUAGGCAGGAAGGAGGACGGCACCAUCGAGCCGUUCGAGAUGAUUGGCGCCGCAAGGAUACAGGAACUUAUCGACUCCAUGGAGGUCGCCGAGGAGGCGCCCGCGGAGGAGGCCAGCUCCAUGCAGGAGGAGGAGAGGGGCCCAGAAGAUGCUGCUGCUGCUGCACCUGCACCCAUGGACAUCUAGAAGCCCCAUAUGAACCCACCAACCUCACGCUGCAUUCUGAGUUCCCAAAAGACUAGACUGCUUCUUUAGAAAAUUGUUGUGAGUUGUGACUCUUGUGUACUCUUUGCUUCCGAAGAACUUCUCUAUGGUCUCUCCGACGAACAGUUGCAGUUGCUUGGGUUUGGACCGACUAUUUAUCAUGUGAUUGC